GUUGGCAGCAUCCUGGCGUCUGUCAAUCCCUACAAGAUGUUUAACAUCUAUGGCCGUGACGUAGUCAAGAAGUAUGAGGGACAGCCACUUGGUAGCUUACCCCCUCACCUGUUUGCUAUUGGGAGUGUGUCUUAUGCCCGGAUGCUGAAGGAAAAGGAGAACCAAGUCAUUGUAAUAAGUGGUGAGAGUGGAGCCGGUAAAACAGAAGCCACUAAACUGGUGAUGCAAUAUUUGGCUGCUGUAAAUAAAUCUGGCAACGAUCUGAUCACUGAACAAAUCCUCGAAGCGAACCCACUUCUCGAGUCCUUCGGCAAUGCCAAAACCAUCCGAAAUGACAACUCUAGCAGAUUUGGAAAAUAUAUUGAAGUAUACUUUAAAGCGGGGUCCAUAGUAGGGGCACGUACAUCAGAAUACUUACUGGAGAAAUCUCGCCUCGUAACUCAGGCGGCAGAAGAAAGAAACUACCAUGUAUUUUACGAGAUGUUGUCUGGAUUUUCUGAAGAGCAGAAAGGGAAGUAUGGACUCCAGGCUGCCAGCACGUACUUUUACCUUAACCAGGGAGGAAACUGCAGCAUAUCAGGACGUGAUGAUGCAGAAAAUUACCGAACUCUCAGCACUGCCAUGGAAGUUCUCAACUUUGAGCGACAUGAACAAGAGACUAUUUUCAAGAUUCUGUCCUGUGUCUUACAUCUAGGCAAUAUUUAUUUCAAAGCAAUACAGCAUGACAAUGGACAUGACACUGUUUUACUUGGGAGUGACGCUGAACUGAAAUGGAUCUCCCAUCUCCUACAAUUGUCAGAGGACUGGCUCCAGCAAGCCCUCACUACCAAAGUCACAGAAACACGCGGGGAUCGUGUCCUAACACCUUUUAACAUAGAUCAGGCGCUGGAUUCAAGGGAUGCCAUAUCCAAAGCACUCUACAGUCGUCUGUUUACAUGGUUGGUGCAACGGGUCAACCUCAUCAUCUGUCGAGCGGAGCGAGAAAAGACAUCAGCCAUUGCUGUUUUAGAUAUUUUCGGGUUUGAGGACUUCCAUGUGAACAGCUUCGAGCAGCUGUGUAUCAACUAUGCAAACGAGACAUUACAGUUUUUCUUCAACCAGCACAUCUUCCGUCUUGAACAGAAGGAAUAUGCUAAAGAGAACAUUGACUGGUCGUCUAUAGAGUUCCAGGACAAUCAGCCAGUUAUCGAUCUCCUCGCCAGCAAACCUGCUGGGAUCCUAGUCAUCCUCGAUGAUGAGUGCAGUUUUCCUCAGGCUACAGAUCUUUCAUUCCUGGAGAAAUGUCAUUUCCAUCACUCCAGUAAUUCUCUGUAUGACAAGCCACGGAUGUCAGUCCCCGAGUUUUAUGUCAUCCACUUUGCUGGAAAAAUCAAAUACAAUGUGGAUCAUUUUCUGGAGAAGAACAAGGACACCUUGAGGAGUGAUGUCGUCGAACUUUUGUGUGAAAGUAAAAACAGGAUGAUUGCGUCAAUGUUUAAAGAAAUGCGUGACCGACUCAUUACAAAGACGCUCAGCAAGUCAACUGGGCGCUACGUGACCCUCAAACCGAGGACACCCACUGUGGCAGCAGGUUUCACUGAGUCACUGCUCUUACUGAUAGAUACAAUGUCAAAAUGUAACCCAUAUUUUGUGCGAUGUAUAAAACCAAACAAUCACAAGGCACCAAUGCAGUUUGAGAAAACAGUAGUACUAGACCAACUGAGAUAUACAGGGAUGUUAGAAACCAUCCGAAUACGUAAAAUGGGCUUCCCUAUCCGAGUCAAAUUCCCAGUCUUCAUUGAAAGGUACCGUUUCCUCUUAAUGGGAAAAAUCAAUGACAAGGCAUUACCAACAGAGGUGUGUAAUAAGAUUCUGCUGACACAAGGGCCUUCCAUGUCUCAUAUGUACAGAAUCGGGGCCACAAAGGUCUUCAUGAAGGAGGCAUUUGAGCAGCAGUUAGAUGUACAUGCUAAAAACAUUCAGUACAAUUCUGUGGUCACCAUCCAAAAACUCACACGCAUGUUCCUGGCCCGAAGAAAAUUCCGACAAUUAAGUUCAGCCACAUGCAAGAUUCAGGCAGUGAUAAAGACAUGGUUCGAAAGAAAAAAGUAUCUGAAGGUUCGGAAUGGAAUCAUCAAAGCUCAAGCACAGAUCCGCAUGCGGAGGCAGCGCAGAAAAUAUCUUUACGCUCGAGAGGAAUUAAAACGCAAGGUUGAACAGGAACGUAUCGCACGCCAGAAACGGGAGGAACAAGUAAAAAUGGAACAAGAAGAAAAAGAAAGACAGACAAAAGCAAUGGCAGCCAUUGCCAACCUGGAGAUCCCAGGAGAACUUGCCUAUGUUUAUAGUAAACUGGACGACUGGCAGUCAGUACACACGGAGCGACAUAUUGGCCAGGUAUCAGGACCGGUCACACAUAUGGAUCAGAAGUAUCAGCUCCCAACGGACGUUGAUUCCCAUGCAUUCAGCAAAUUUGCCAAUGUUUAUUUCAGGACUCCUAUCCAUCCAAAUCCCGAUUGGGGUGUGCUUAUGACGCCUAUAAAGGCGGGGCUCACACAACUUCAGGGGGAGGACCUCAACAAUAGGGCUGUGUCUGUCUUCAAAAUGAUUUUGCGAUAUAUGGGAGAUCCCCACCUCAGUAAGAGGAGAGAAAAGGCAAUGUCUGACUACAUUGUACAGAUGGGACUGAACCAUGAAGGACUCCGUGAUGAGAUUUACUGUCAGGUGGCAAACCAGUGCUGGAACAACCAGGACCUAACUGCCAUAGGACGAUCCUGGUGUCUGAUGGCUGCCUGCCUUAGUGCCUUCCCUCCGAGUGAAAAACUAUUCAAAUACCUACUCAAGUUUGUUUCGGACGUUGGCUACAAUGGCCAUAAGAUUACAUGUCAACACAAGGCACUGCAGUGUGCCAACAUCCAACCCCAGUUAAGCCGCAGUUAUCCCCCCUGUUUGCUGGAAUGGCAUGCCAUUCAACAAUUUACUAACAUGGCUCUACCUGUCCGCUUCGCUGAUGGUGUUAAAAUGUACGGACCUGUUGAGUCUUGGACGUCAGGAGAAAUCUUCACAAGUCAUCUUGUCAGCAGUCGGGGCCUGAAGGAAAACAAGUACGGUUGGACAGUGGUGCUACAGGAGGAAACAGAUUUCUUUGAGUUGAUGGGGUAUGACUAUGUCCUUGACCUUAUGAGUGAGAUGGAGAUUCCGCCAGGGUUUCCCUCAAAGCCUGCUUACUUCCUGGUGUCACGAGAUAAGAUGCGAGAGCCAGUUGGGGCUGUAAAUCGUCUUUAUAAGGACUCUCCACAUAAUGUUGACAAGGAUAGAUAUAUGGUGCUAGUAGGCAAACUGCCAGAGUUACUAAAAGUUGAGGCAUCGCGUCUGGAAAACCGAACUUUCACACCUCGCACAAAAGAGAAUGAAGACCAGAAGAAAAUAGAAUUCUCAAUGACAAGUGCUCUCAACAGGCGUCCAACAGAGAUCAUGAUGGAUGGACUUUCUCCUAAUUCUGUACUGAAUUUGCGCUACACAAAACGGAAAGCUCCAGGACCACCAUCGGUCACAAGUAACGGCCAUAAUGGCCAUGUGACAAAUGGUCUUAGCAAUGGGGACAUAACUCCAAUCUUAGAGGACGAAAGUGCUGCUCACGGAUUGGCGGGAUCUAAGUUAAAUCAACGGUACAAUAAUGGAUUAUCUAAUGGAACACCUCGUGUACAAGAUUUAAGUUCGACAUCCAAACUAAACGCUAGAUAUGUAAAGUCAUCUGCAGUGUCAAAGAGGAUGAAAAAUGGUGCGGCUGAUCGCAUUUCAAGAAGAGAUCGUGGUUUUGAGAAAAUGUCCGCAUCAUCAGAUAAUAUGUCAGUGGGGACUGGACAAGAGUCCGAUUGGUCUCACUGGGUGGAAGAUGUGUUCAAUAGUGCGCUCAAUGAGCAUGUUGAUACAUUGAGUGACGCACGGUCAAUGGAAAAUCGACUGAAGGGUGGAGGGAAAGGCGUUCCUGGACCAGGGAUGCAGCCUCCACCAGCACCUCCUGUGUCACUCCCACUCAUGAGCAAUGUCAAUGUUCUCCCAGCAGGGGGAGCCACUGGGCUUGGAUCUACACCAUCCACAGCACAAGGAAGCACAGACACUCUGAUGCAGCAGAUUCAACAACAGCUGGCAGUUCAGCAGCUGGCUCAACAGCAGGCACAGCAGCAAGCGUUAAUGCAAGCCUACCUGAAUCAGAUGACCCAGAUGCAGGCCCAAGCUCAAGCACAGGCCCAGGCUCAAAUUCAAAACCAGGCAGCACGGCAACAGCAAGCUCUGCUUCAGUCAGCACAGCAACAGGGUCUUCAGCAGCAUUUCUUACAGGCAGGGUUAGGGGGUGUCAAUGGGUUACCAGGACUACCUGGGCUGGGGGCUACAAAUGGGAUGGUGCCAAACAUUGUCAGCCCAAGCUCCAGCAUGAACUCAGUGGGACAGUCCCCAUUUGCAACUCCAAAAGAACAACCAGUGAAUGGUUCAGUGACCUCCUCCUUUAGCACUACACAAACUGUGCCUGUAGCAGGCAUUAAUACAACUCAGACAAACGUAGGAGGUGUGCCAAAGAAAGUGUAUAAGAUAAGGACACAGUUUGAAGGUCGCACGGAGACUAACCAAUUUCAACCGGCUGAGCAUAUACCACCUCUCAUCACAGCAAAUCAUGAUAAAAGUUUACAUAUCACAGAACAAAACUCAGAAAGUGAGAGCCAUAAAGUUCGACAGAUGGCGCUUCCCACAAUUCCUCCACCACCUCCUCCUGCUUUCCAAGAUCAGUCUGUGGUGAGUCCAAGAAUGCCAGCCCUUCCUCCAGCUCCGCCUCCACCACCAACUGUUCCUCAGAAUGUGGACACCUUUAAUCGUGAGGACGGCACAUUUACCUUUACAGAUAAAAAGGGUCGUGCCAGAACUGUAAGAAUUGGUCGUGUAGUGUGGCCUCCACCAGUAGAAAAAGAAUCAAAGUCACGACCAAAUGUGGGUAGGCUUGAAAUUGAUGAGAAUGUUGCUAACUCAAUUGAAGAGCAAGUUGGUGCACGCACGCAGCCAAAAAAACCAGCCCCAGCUCCUCCACCAAAGCAUGAACCAGUCAAGUCAACUAAAUCUCUCACAGAAUCUGUUCAUCUUGCCACUCUUCAACUGCUGGAGCAGAAACUUGGAGGCAAGAAAGAGACCCCACCUCCAUCUCCUCCACCACUACCCAAAACACUCCCCCCACCACCACCACCCCCUACGCAGCCAGUCCCGGAAACCAAAGUCAUCGAAGUGGCGCCUCCUCCACAGAAAGAAAAGAAGAUGAACAUUGACUUCUCUUCUCUGGAGCGUGUGGUUUGUCGUCUCUACCCUCAGGGCAAGGAAAACUAUCUCACUUACAGCGGUGUGCCCUGGUCACUGAAUGUUCGCAAAGAGGUGUUUCAUCCACGAGAACGGUUAGAGAACGUUUCAGCCCUACAUGUCAUCUUCUGCCAGGUGGUGGAAGACGUUUACAACCAUGGCUGUAUUCGCAUCGGCAAAGAUGAACGCAUAAAGAUGAGAGGCAUGCUGGAGAACUAUGGCAUAAAUAGAACAAAUUACCAGACAGGUAAUUUCUCGAACCAGGUGAAGAAGAUUGUCGUGGAUACAGCCAAGGAGUGGGGGGCAUAUUUCUCUCGCCUCUUCCCUGUUGCAGGCCAGACACAGAAAGGUACAAUACGCUACAUUGGCGUCAGUCAUUCAGGAAUCCACCUCAUUGACCGUGAGAGGUCCAUGGUCGAAGAUAACCUGGAAGUACUAGAACACUUAAAGUUUGAGGACAUCAUUGAUAUCGUCAUGCCAACCAAGGACACGGUCCAGAUCAACCUCAAGGACAAAUCCAUGGUGUUCUAUACAAAUCGCGCGUUACAAUUGAAACAGAUGAUUGAUAUGUACCUGACUGAAAGUGAUAAGGGAAACAAGUAUGUGAUAGCAGUAAAGGAUUACAUUACACGCGAAUCCACACUACUCAGCUUUAAGCGCAGCGAGAUCAUCAAGCUGGUGGAUGCUGAAAUUCCAUUAGAAGAUGGUUGGCUGUAUGGUUCAUUAAAUGGUGUCCUCGGGUACUUCCCAGCAGAGUAUGUAAAACCUCUUCAACGACAUGAGGUUGAAAGGUCAGGAGGCAUGAAGGCCCAGCUGACCGAGCAUGUUGUACACCGGAUCAUUCGCCCUCCUAGCAGAACGGACGGUCAUACUGACAACAGAAGUGAGACUAGUCAGGGUACCGUCGUUCCAGACGGUAAAUUCUCGAUGAUGGAAUUUGCUGUCCUUCACUUCCGGGAGUCAGUCCAGAAGUUUGAGAUGGAAAGAGGAGAGGAUGGUUCAAUACGAGGAACAAUCAAACAUAUAGAGAGCAUCAAGCUUCGUAAUCUGGACCAGCAAAAACUGCACCGCAGAGGUUCCGGUGAAUGGUCAUGGAAAGAGCAAGCAGAUAUGGUCAAGUGGACACGGUCCCCUAUCCAAGCUUCACUACUGAAGCUACAAACAGCAGAGUUCAACAAGCUUGCCUUGGAGUGCUUCCUCUGUGUGAUGAAGUUUAUGGGAGACUAUCCUAUGGGCUCCAACCAAACAGAUUAUGACUGUGUCCUCAAAAUCCUGAGGUCCUGUCAUAAACAUCCAGAAAUGAGAGAUGAACUCUACUGCCAACUGUGUAAGCAGACAACAAGUAACAGAAGCAUGAAGCCGAAGAGCUGCAUUAUGGGAUGGAGAUUAUUUUCGAUCAUUGCGUGUUACUGCGACUGCUCUGAAAGCUUGCGACCAUACCUGUUCAAAUACCUUGAAACAACAGCUUCUGAUUCAUCUAGAACGUUCAGUGGAGCGGCAUCAAUAUGCCUGCAGAACCUUAGAAAGACCUUCAAAUAUGGAGGGCGCAAAAAUGUGCCACUGAAAGCAGAAAUUUCUGCAUUAGCGGAUGGACGUGUAUCAAAGAGGUACUCCUUUAUCUACAGCGGUUCCGAACGUGAGGGUAUGCUGCAAGUUCGGCCAUCUUUGGUUGUAAAGGAUGCCAUUGAGGAGAUCUGCAAUCGCCUCGACAUUUUUGAUCCGGUGGAAAUGGAGGAAUAUACAUUGUUCCUUCGUACCAAUGACGAUCACUACAGCCGCCUGAAGUCAGAGGAAUACAUCUUAGAUGUCACAUCGGAGUUCAUUCGUGGAAAUAAGGACUACCAACUGGUGUUCCAAAGGACCGUUUGGUUCUUCCCGUUCCGGGAAACCGACAAUAUCAUAUACAACGAGUUAAUGUUCUUCCAGUGUCUGCCAGACUACUUAGAGGGACUACUGAUUACUCUACAAAGUGGCCGUCUCUCCAGACAGGAGGAGGAUGACCUCCCCUCACUUGGAGCUCUUCUGUUUAAGGCCUUUGACAGAGUAGGCACACCAACCAUAAAAGACCUUGCUUACCUUCUGCCUAAGACUAUGAACAAGUUGUCUGACUUCCAGCCACAACAAUGGGUCAACAGGAUCCACCAUGAAAUGAAUGCUGCCAACCGCCUGGGACCUCUAAACUGCAAGGCCAAAUUUGUUUCAAUUCUUUCAAAGUGGCCGUUGUUUGGAUCUAUAUUCUUCAUGGUCAAGAAUGCCCCCACACAGCCAGUCAUAAGAGGAGACACCAUUUUGGCUGUCAACAAAAAUGGCAUCCACUUCCUCAGCGAGGCUACACAUGAGACCAUCAUUCAGUAUCAGUUUAGUGAGGUGAUGUCAACCCGACGUUACAGAAGCGACAGCAACCAGAACUACCUUGAUAUGAAACUUGGCAAUCUCAUGGUGCAGAAGAUUGUUCGCAUUGAAACAGACCAGGGGUCUGAUAUCUCGAGUCUGAUUGGACAAUAUAUGCAAGUAAUUAAUCGUCAUCGGAAACGGCCUGCUGAUAGAAAUAGCAUUGCACACAGGAUGUGA